AUGCCCGGAAAUGCCGGAUUUUAUUCUUCUGACAAAGAAAAUACUCCACCAGAUGUAAAGUACAAAUCAAAACAAAAAUUCGAACCUAAAAUAUUGGUCUGGUUGGCAUUAUCAAGCAAAGGCAUUUCAGCACCAUACAUUGGAACAACGAAAGUAUCAGCGGUUGAUGUCGACGUCUAUAUUGGAAAAUCGUUACCAAAAUUGAUGAAAUUUAUCAAUAAACAUCAUAUUAAUGACAAAUAUAUCUUGGCCAGACCUGGCUAG